CACUCUCCCAGCCGAGUCGCUGCUGCUGCGAACGCGAGGGAGUCCACACACUGCCAAGUCCCCAAACGGACCCCAUUUUUUUCUCUCCCAAUUCAACCUCAGUUUCGAACACCUCGAUUCCUCGCGCGCCGUCGUCCGAGUCCUCAGAUCCCGCCUCCCCAGCCCCAAUUCCAUGCUGUUAUAGGGUUCCCACCCUGGACUUGCGUGGAGAGGAGAUCCAUCCCCACCAGGCUCGCGUUCCUCUUUUGCUGGGUUCAGCGUAAGGAGGGGAGGCGGAGAUGUUCUACUCGCAGUUCAUCUUGGCCAAGAAGGGCCCUCUCGGGACAAUAUGGAUUGCCGCGCACUUGGAGCGGAAGCUGCGAAAGAACCAGGUCGCGGACACGGACAUCGGCGUCUCAGUAGAUUCGAUCAUAUUUCCUGACGUCCCAAUUGCACUUCGGUUAUCAAGUCAUCUUAUGUUAGGCGUGGUUAGAAUCUAUUCUCGGAAGGUCAACUACCUAUUCCACGACUGCAGUGAAGCUUUGCUGAAGAUAAAGCAAGCUUUCAGGUCCACUGCUGUUGAUCUACCCCCUGAGGAGUCAACUGCUCCUUAUCAUUCUAUAACACUGCCCGAGACAUUUCAUCUUGAUGAUUUUGAACUGCCAGAAGCUGCGUUUCAAGGUGACACUGAUCAUCAUGUGAGCACAAAAGAACAGAUCACUUUGCAAGACAACCCAGAGAAAACAGGGUAUUCAACAUCCCAGUUUGGCCUCGAUGAAAGAUUUGGUGAUGGCAGUUCUUCACAUAUUGGCUUGGACUUGGAGGAGGAAUUAAUGCUGAACAAGGAUCACUCAAUUCAUCUUGAGUCUGAUGAUGGCAUUAUCAUUCAAGGUCGACCAUCAGUUCCUUCUACCGAUAUGGACAUUGAUGAUAACCAAAGUAAAGACGAAACAGCUGGAAGAUACAGCAACAUGGAUGGUGGGCCUUCUAGUCGAGGAAAGCAAAGUCCACUGAAUGAUGACCUAGGAGGAAACAGUAUUCCUAACUGGACUGGUUACAAUGUACAGACACCAGACUUGAAUGAUAUGCUAUUGCAUAAUGAAGGUAUUGCUGGACCAUCAGCUUCAUACUAUCAACCUAGCCCCUUCCCGUGUGAUGAACCUGCAUCACCAGAGUUUAUUAGUGCUCAGGCCCCAGCUACACCUGGUUUAAUGGGAGAGACAGUUCCUUCCAGAGUCCAUGAAAGUCCUGUUCUCAGUCCACAGAGAAAAGCUUCACCAAGCAAUGAUGAAACUGCAAAGGCAGACACUCCUGCUGCUCCAGCCUCAGAUUUUCCCCAUUCAGCCACAGUAAAUGCUGGUGAUGUUGUGGGUUCUGAGGUGAAUGAACUUGGAUUGGCAAAGCCUGCGCAAGUUGAGUCUUCUGUUGUUAUGCAGGAUGAUGAUGCAUUGAUGCAACAACACACAAGUGAGGAUUUGCCAUCCCAGGGUCAAACAUCAAACUUUGAAGCUGGUGAUAAGUUGAUCGGUCCUGAUGAUGUAGCUGCAUCUGGUGAAACUGUAACUGUUAAUGCAACCGUUGUAGAUGUACCUUCGGCUGUAAAUGAUUCUGAGCUAUGUGUUGAUGGUUCUACUGAGCCAUCUGUGAUGGAGAACCCUACACAGAUUAAUGGGCAAUUGGUUGAUGCACAAGAUUUUCAACAUGAAGUCCAGGCGGUGCAACAAGAAGUGGCAUCUAAUGAUAGACCAACUGAACUAACUUCAGAAUUUGCUGAGCCUGAGAAAAUGCUGUCAGCUCCAGAUGCUGAAUUCAAUCCUGCAAAUGACUUGGGGCAGAUAACUGCAGAAAAAGGAACAACUGAAUCUGAUGGAAGUAACAAAAUAGGCAGUCUCACUAGCAGAAAAAGACACCUGGAAGAUAGCUUACCAGCUCUAGAGAGUGAGACUACUGAAAGGUUGUCUAGUCGACCACGUGGUAAAAGAACCACCGAUUUUGUUCCUGAUGAUGAUGAUUUACUGGCAUCUAUUUUAGUUGGUAGAAGGACCCCUGGAUUGACGCUUGGUUCAACACCACUACCACCAAGGGCAUCAUCUUUGAAACGCCCGAGGUUGGUAUCAAAGGCGGGUACACUCAAGAGAAAAGUGCAGAUAGAUGACGCCAUGGUUCUACAUGCUGAUACUAUACGACAACAACUGAUCAAUACUGAGGAUAUACGGCGCAUUCGUAAGAAGGCUCCAUGUACUCGUUCUGAAAUAUGGAUGAUUGAGAAAGGUUCACUGGAAGAUGACAUAUUCCACGAGCCCAUCUUUUCCUGCCUAUCUGAGGAGCUAAACAACUUACACAAUCGGACAUAUGAGACUAUUGUACACCUCACUGUUCAGAACAUGGAACUGCAAGGUCAACUAGACAUGUCUGAAACCAUUGCAGAAGAUAGCAACAUUGUUGGGACCUCUGGUGCUGCUACUAUUGAUGACCCACUUCACAUACCAGAUAGAAUUGAUGCCGUGCCGCCAAAUGCAAAUGACGAAGAUGGCGCAACAGCUGCUUUUGGUUUGCAAGUGCCUUCUGACAACCAGGUUAAUGGUGUAUCUAAUGAUUUUGUUAGCGACACUCUGUUUGAAGGGGUAACUGAACCUUUAAUUGAUAAUGAGAAAGAAGUGGCAGUUGCAGACAGAGAGCAUGCUCAAGUUGAUACACUGGAUAAUGAUCGUCUUCAAGAUGUUCCAUCUGAUCUGCAGAGGAGUACUGAUGCAAAAGGUUCAACUCCAGAUGUGGUUCUAGAUAGCUCUGGCAAAGCUUAUGCUCAAGCAGCGGAUGGCAUGACACAGGAGUUUAAUCAUUUUGUUCAUAGUGAUGCUAAUCUUUUUGAGAACAAUGAGGUGCCGACAUCUGAGAUUACUGGGGUGGAAUGUAAUCAAGAUGCCUCUGGCUUUCUUCAACCAACGGAGGAUGAAAAUGCUGUCUCUGCUAUGGGAGAUAAUUCUGGCUUCCAAGAAAACAACAUGGGUUCUCUUAUGGAUUUGGAUAUGGUGAAUGACUAUGGACUAAAAGAGUGCAAUGAUUUUGGAAGUGCAAUUCAUGGUGUUGAUACAGAUUUUCUGAACUAUGAUGAUGAUGGGGACUUUGAUGACGCAAAUAACGACGAGCAAAAUCCUGAUGAAUUCCAGUCUCUUGACAACAGUGGUUGGUCUUCUCGAACCAGGGGUGUUGCAAGAUAUCUCAAGACUUUAUUCGAUGAAGAAUCUGGUCCUGGGAGAAAGAGUGUCGCCAUUGACCACCUUGUACGUGGAAAGACUCGGAAGGAAGCCUCAAGAAUGUUCUUCGAGACCUUGGUCCUGACGACGAAGGACUACAUCAGCGUAGAUCAACCAAACCCCUUCGAUUUUGUGAGCAUAAAGCCGGGACCAAAGCUCCUGAAGUCAGAAUUCUAGAUCAUCAGUCAGCUUAGCCUGGCGCGAUACAUACAUCUUACCAUAUCCAUCACACCACCAACAACAUUGCAGAUGGCCCCACCCAGCCUUGUGACCCCCUCGAAUCCAUUUUUGUUUGUUGUUAAGUUUAUCCUCACCUCUGUAGCAUUCUCCCGUGCUGAUCCGUUGUUGCUAGGGUUUCGGUAGGAUUGUUGCCGUGUUGUACUGUUGGCUAUUCAUUGUACAUAUGGGUUUAGCGGCUCCUGUAAAGUCUGCCAUGUAAUCUGAUAGCGUCGGCUCCCUCCUAAGUUAUUGCAUAUUGUUUUCGCUUGGUUAAGCUGUAGGAACUGUAUACCUUACAACCUGAGAUGAUGAUGAUGAUGUACCUGUUGAUUAUGUCAGUAUUGAUUCCCAAUCCAUGUUUCACAGUUAA